CGCGCUCCGGGCACGCGAGGCAGAGAAGAGCGGCCGGGCCGGGACUGCUCAGUGGGCCCGAGCCCCCCAAAUCCUGGACGGGGCGUCCCCAGCCGGGCCGGGCUGAGAUCCCACCCCACCUGGGGCGUCCAGAGGAGGAAGGGGAAGGUCCAGGCCCUGCUCGUUGGGGACGCCCGGGGCCGGCUCACACCUCCCACGUUCGUACAGCGCCCUCUGUGUCCAAGGGCUGGGGCAGGUAGCGAGGCUGGGGCUUGCCCCCAGGUUGUAGAUGGCAGGAUUUCUAUAGUAUAUCUAGCAUGAGUUCCAGAUCUUGGCCUUUUAUCCAACUUCAACAGUCUCAUCUCCACCUUCUGGAGGAUAAAUGGGAUUUGCAUAAAUUCCAAAUUCUGAACUGAAAAGCAGACCGCAUUGUUAAUAUCUUUUUCUUCUGGUUGUUAUUAACAGCUCCUCAGAAAAUUAAAUGUCGUCAGAAGAUCGAGAAGCUCAGGAGGAUGAAUUGCUGGCCCUGGCGAGUAUUUAUGAUGGAGAUGAAUUUAGAAAAGCAGAGUCUGUGCAAGGUGGAGAAACCAGGAUCUAUUUGGACCUGCCACAAAAUUUCAAGAUAUUUGUGAGCGGCAAUUCAAAUGAGUGUCUCCAGAAUGGUGGCUUUGAAUACACCAUUUGCUCUCUGCCUCCACUUGUGCUGAACUUUGAACUGCCACCAGAUUAUCCAUCCUCCUCCCCACCUUCAUUCACACUUAGUGGCAAAUGGCUGUCACCAACUCAGCUCUCUGCCCUCUGCAAGCAUUUAGACAACCUGUGGGAAGAACACCGUGGCAGUGUGGUCCUGUUUGCUUGGAUGCAGUUCCUUAAGGAAGAGACCCUAGCAUACCUGAAUAUUGUCUCUCCGUUUGAGCUCAAGAUGGGUUCUCAGAAAAAGGUUCAGAGAAGGACGGCUCAGGCCUCUGCCAGCACAGAGCUAGAUUUUGGAGGAGCUGCUGGAUCGGAUGCAGAUCAAGAGGAGGCUGUGGAUGAGAGAGCUGUACAGGAUGUGGAAUCGUUGUCCAGUCUGAUCCAGGAAAUCUUGGACUUUGAUCAAGCUCGGCAGAUAAAAUGCUUUAACAGUAAAUUGUUCCUGUGCAAUAUCUGUUUCUGUGAGAAGCUGGGUAGUGAGUGCAUGUACUUCUUGGAGUGCAGGCAUGUGUACUGCAAAGCCUGUCUAAAGGACUACUUUGAAAUCCAGAUCAGAGACGGCCAAGUUCAGUGCCUCAACUGCCCAGAACCCAAGUGCCCUUCGGCGGCCACUCCUGGUCAGGUCAAAGAGCUAGUGGAAACAGAGUUAUUUGCCCGUUACGACCGCCUUCUCCUCCAGUCCACCUUGGACCUGAUGGCAGAUGUGGUGUACUGUCCCCGCCCGUGCUGCCAGUUGCCUGUGAUGCAGGAGCCCGGCUGCACCAUGGGCAUCUGCUCCAGUUGCAAUUUUGCCUUCUGUACCUUGUGCAGAUUGACUUACCACGGGGUCUCUCCAUGUAAGGUGACUGCAGAGAAAUUAAUGGACUUACGAAAUGAGUACCUGCAAGCAGAUGAGGCCAAUAAAAGAUUUUUGGAACAGAGGUAUGGUAAGAGGGUGAUUCAGAAGGCACUGGAAGAGAUGGAAAGCAAGGAAUGGCUAGAAAAGAACUCAAAGAGCUGCCCGUGCUGUGGGACUCCCAUAGAGAAAUUAGAUGGCUGUAACAAGAUGACAUGUACUGGCUGUAUGCAGUAUUUCUGCUGGAUUUGCAUGGGUUCUCUCUCUAGAGCAAACCCUUAUAAACAUUUCACUGAUCCUGCUUCCCCGUGUUUUAACCGGUUGUUCCAUGCUGUGGAUGUUAAUGGAGAUAUUUGGGAAGAUGAGAUUGAAGACUAAUUAACUCCUCCUACUCAAGAUAAGGAAGUGGAAUGGUUUGCCCUAAUCUUUUGUCGCGUACACAAAAUAACUUUGCAGGAUAUUUAGGGUACUGUUAAUUCACUCUUCCUUUGUAGAAGAUGUGGAAGAACAAGGUUUAUAUUUUCGUGUGGUACUACUGAUCAAGGCACAUUCUUAUGUUUUUCAGUGUAACAUAGAGAAAAUUAUAAGCCAAAGGUUCAGAAAAUGAAAACUAGAGAAUAUUAAAUACUACAGUGUGCCCGAAGCUCUGAAUAGUUAAAAAGUAAAUAUUUAUUUUCUUCCCCAAGCUUUAGGUGAGGAGAGGAGUAAAGCAUUAAAAUUAUAGUCCUUUUUAUCUGAAAGCAUCCCUCUAAGGCAUUGUGUGGGAGUCCCCUCAGUACUACUCCUUAUAACUGGGCUGGGUAGAAGGAAGCCUUAUUAAAAUUGUACUGAGAGCCUGAUCUCAUUAACUCCGUGUUACAUUCCUUUGAACCUACGUUUCUGCCAAGUUAGUUUUCUUUGGAGGAAGCCCUUUACUCUAACUGAUUGGAUGGCCCAGUGUCAUUUUGAUCUACUGCUUUUCAGAAUAGAAAUUUAUAGAUAAUUUAAAAAAUAUUUUUAAUGCCACAAACACUGUGGGUCACGUGGUAUUUAUUAGUGGUGUGCAGUCCACUGGUUUUGAGCCAAGUCUAGAAUAUAAUGAUACUGGCCCAGAAGAAUGUUAGUCCCAUUCAGCUCUUCUGGGCCAUAGAGCCUAGAUUCAAAAUGACUUGUCUUUGCUACCUUUUGUUCUACCUUCUCUCCCUUCACUCUUACCCUACCUUCCAUCUGGAAGGACAAUUUUAAUAUUAACUCCAGCAGCUCAUAUUUUUAUUUCUGCUGGAGUAAGAAAAAGCCAAGUAUAUUCCCAAGCUGAACAAGCUGUACGUUCUUGAAUUACCUCCAUUUUGAACUCCACACCAUUGUAGUUCCAGUCCUCAUUUUCUGUAUACUUUUUAAAGGUCUUCUCUAAUGAGCUACGGAAAUUUGGCUUCCUACCCUUUUUUGUAACAGCACUGUUUGGGGGGAUAAUUUUAAUUCCUAGAUCCCUGUUUCUGGGUUUUGAUGGCUUUUUGAAAAAUUGUCUUUCCUUAUGGUUUGGUGAAUGGCUUGGUAGCAAAAUAAGAUUGUUUGAAAAAGAAGACAGAGGCAUACAGCUUCAGCUAUGAACAUGUUCUUUUUUCCCAAAUUGUCAUUGAAAAUUGGGGAAUCACUUUUAACCAUUUUAUGUGUGUGUGUAUAUCCAGAGUCAGCGAAGACUGUUUCUGGAUUGUCAAUGAGGCUGCUUAAUCUUAAAAUAAAAGUAAUUUAAAAAUUGUCUUAUAA